AGUCGUCUCCGAGGCUGCGUGUGCCCCAGCCUCGCACGCCUCCCUGCAACGUGGCCGCAUCUGGGGCGCCCUCAUACCCUCAGGGUUUCCCAAACUCUUCCAUUCUCUUCCCAGGCCCAGCCGUGUCCCAGGUCUCCGGGUCCCCGUGUUCUCCUCUCCGCGUGCCGGGAGAGUCUCCAGCUUCUCAGACUCCAGCAACCCCAGCCAAACCUCUUCGCUGCCUGGAGCCUUGGCUCCCGCGACACCGCCCGGCUGCGGGGCGGGGGCAGGGCCAACGGCGGAACCGCCCCCAACCGCCUCCCAGGCCAGGCGAGCAGGCGGGUGGCUGGGGAGCCUCCACCUCCUCUUCCUAAAGCGGCGAGGCGCAGAGGAGCGGCAUCACUCGAGCCCAGGUCCCAGCCACCACCACUCACAGCGCUCGGCGUUCAGGAAGAGGAGCAGCAGCGGAGGCGGCUGCUUCAGCGGCGGGCGGGCGCCAGAAAGGCCCCGAUCGAAAAGCCUGGGAGGGCCGCCGAACUACCCCCGGAGGAGGAGCCAGUCCGAACCCAAGGCGCCACCGCCGCAGAAGCGGAGCGAGGCAGCAUUCGCCUCCAUGGCCCACUCGCCGGUGGCUGUCCAAGUGCCUGGGAUGCAGAAUAACAUAGCUGAUCCAGAAGAACUGUUCACAAAAUUAGAGCGCAUUGGGAAAGGCUCAUUUGGGGAAGUUUUCAAAGGAAUUGAUAACCGUACCCAGCAAGUCGUUGCUAUUAAAAUCAUAGACCUUGAGGAAGCCGAAGAUGAAAUAGAAGACAUUCAGCAAGAAAUAACUGUCUUGAGUCAAUGUGACAGCUCAUAUGUAACAAAAUACUAUGGGUCAUAUUUAAAGGGGUCUAAAUUAUGGAUAAUAAUGGAAUACCUGGGCGGUGGUUCAGCACUGGAUCUUCUUCGAGCUGGUCCAUUUGAUGAGUUCCAGAUUGCUACCAUGCUAAAGGAAAUUUUAAAAGGUCUGGACUAUCUGCAUUCAGAAAAGAAAAUUCACCGAGACAUAAAAGCUGCCAAUGUCUUGCUCUCAGAACAAGGAGAUGUUAAACUUGCUGAUUUUGGAGUUGCUGGUCAGCUGACAGAUACACAGAUUAAAAGAAAUACCUUUGUGGGAACUCCAUUUUGGAUGGCUCCUGAAGUUAUUCAACAGUCAGCUUAUGACUCAAAAGCUGACAUUUGGUCAUUGGGAAUUACUGCUAUUGAACUAGCCAAGGGAGAGCCACCUAACUCUGAUAUGCAUCCAAUGAGAGUUCUGUUUCUUAUUCCCAAAAACAAUCCUCCAACUCUUGUUGGAGACUUUACUAAGUCUUUUAAGGAGUUUAUUGAUGCUUGCCUGAACAAAGAUCCAUCAUUUCGUCCUACAGCAAAAGAACUCCUGAAACACAAAUUCAUUGUAAAAAAUUCAAAGAAGACUUCUUAUCUGACUGAACUGAUAGAUCGUUUUAAGAGAUGGAAGGCAGAAGGACACAGUGAUGAUGAAUCUGAUUCCGAGGGCUCUGAUUCGGAAUCUACCAGCAGGGAAAACAAUACUCAUCCUGAAUGGAGCUUUACCACCGUACGAAAGAAGCCUGAUCCAAAGAAAGUACAGAAUGGGGCAGAGCAAGAUCUUGUGCAAACCCUGAGUUGUUUGUCUAUGAUAAUCACACCUGCAUUUGCUGAACUUAAACAGCAGGACGAGAAUAACGCUAGCAGGAAUCAGGCGAUUGAAGAACUCGAGAAAAGUAUUGCUGUGGCUGAAGCUGCCUGUCCCGGCAUCACAGAUAAAAUGGUGAAGAAACUAAUUGAAAAAUUUCAAAAGUGUUCAGCAGACGAAUCCCCCUAAGAAACUUAUUAUUGGCUUCUGUUUCAUAUGGACCCAGAGAGCCCCACCAAACCUACGUCAAGAUUAACAAUGCUUAACCCAUGAGCUCCAUGUGCCUUUUGGAUCUUUGCAACACUGAAGAUUUGGAAGAAGCUAUUAAACUAUUUUGUGAUGGUGUUUAUCAUUUUAUAUUUUGAAAGGAUUAUUUUGUAAGGAAUAACUUUUAAUACUAUAGUUUCACCUGUAUUCUAGUAAAUGUUGAGACACCGUUUUGCUUUUAAGUAUCCCUAUUUCUUAAGUUACUAGGAUGAAUACCUUUCACAUUUUGAUCUUCAGUUGACUCUACAGUCAUGAAACAUACAGGUCUUUCAAAGUCAUUCUCAAUAUUCAGCUUUUGUAAAUUAUCAAGCUUCAAAAAGCUUUUUUUUUAAAAAAACAUGCAUAUUCUAAAAAUGACUAUUGGUGGGGAGGUGUAAAUAAGUCAUACCUUCUUAAAACAGAAAGUUUAAGUAAAGUCUUUUAAAUGAAACCUGUAAAAGUAUUGACUCUUCUACCAAGUUGGUAUGAUAUUCCAGGCAGCUCAGUGAUUAUCACAUUUGAGACCCUGUGUUUGAAGCAUUUACAGGCAAUGUACAGCAACAGAGGUACCUCUUGGUGUAUAGUAUUUACAUUCUCUUUUAGGUAGAAGAGGCAAUUUUACCCUUAUUUAACAUGGUUAGAAAUUUAAAGCAAGAUCAUUUACCCAAGGAUAGGUGUUUGGUAAUGUUGAAGGAGUUAGUCUGGCUUCAUGUUUUACAUCUUCAACUAAAAUCCCAUACUAUCUGCUUGGAUUUGGAGAGCCAAAAAAUAAAGCUGAUUGUCAUGUGAUUAAAUAUCUGAUCAACAGGUAUGAAUAUAACUUAAAUCAGCAUAUUUUUGCCAUGGUAAUGAAUUGUCCUAUAAACUAUUUAUAUAUUUUUGUCCUUCAUAAUUAUCACGAAUAAGCAUCAGUUUGUUGUUUUUAAAAGGAUAUUUAAGUGAGCAUUUUCUAGUUCAUAUGAAAAUAACCAUAGUACAGGAUGAUUUCUGUCCACACAAAGGUUAAGUUAGAUUGCACAGUUAAUUUUCACUUAUAUUUAUGGUACUAUUAUGUGGGUGAUGCCUUUUUCUUUUAAGCCCAGUACAUAUAUUAUGUCUGCCUAAGUUCUGAACUGGGGCUAUAUUUCAGUAGUUGUAGAAUUAUUGAUAUUUAGUUUUGAUAGCUAGUGUUUGUUUGGAUCUGCACAGUUUGGUUUUUGCACAAAAGUCAUUUAAAAAAAUCUGAGUAAUUGUCAAAUAUUAAAAGAAAGAUAUUCUUCCUGUAAGGAAUACAGUUUUUAGUCAAAGUGGCCAUUACAUCCUCUUUUUAAUUUACAUAAUAUAGAUACUUGAGAAAGUUGUUGUGGUGUUGUAUGCCAAGAAAAUUCUUUUUAUUGGUGCCUAUAUUGUAACAAUUAUUUUUAAUGCAUUGUAUUUUGAAGUAACGGUUCAGUUAAAUUUUUCACCUGCUGUGUAACUGAAACACAAUUACAGUUUAUAAUCUGUAGAAGUCUGGAGAUAAUUUUGCAACUCAUGUUAUGGGUUAAAUGAAUAUUUUUGUAAAAGUAAAAGCAACAAAUUUAUAAAUUGAUUAUUUGAAACUUUACAACACAAUUGCAUCCCAAAUACAAAUUGUAUUGCUUAUUCAUUAUAGCUAUUCGUCCUGUAAUCUGUUUCUAGGUGAAGCAUACUCCAGUGUUUUAGGGGUUUUGAAAAUAAAUAUUUAAAUUUCACAGUC